AUGAACACCCACAUUGUCUGGUCAGUAGAAACUGCUGUUCUGAUGAUAAUAAUCAGAAAAUAUUAUGAUGUUUUUCUACAAAAAGUAAGUAUCGGCUCCAAGAAAGAUUACCAGUUCAAUAUGUUGGUGAAAUACCUAAGUUGA